GAAACUCUCAUAAAGUAAAUGCAGAGGGCAGUAAGAUGUAACUCAGCUUUGAAAGUGCCAGCCGUUACAGUUGAAGAAAUCUAACCCAAGAGACUUCGCUCCGCUGCAAGAUGGAAGGAGGCUUAAGUAAGACAUAAAUUUGUAAUGAACUUUCUCACAACAUCCGGCGCCACUGUGAGUUGCAGUCAUCAUCCAUUACCACAAAAUUAGUUGCAGGAUGGCUACUCGUAUACCUCCACACGUGAUCAUCAGUAUUUGCCUCCUGUGUCUCAACCAGCCUGAGUCAAAUUCCCACUGUUUUGAGACAGACUCCCUCUGUCACCUGGGCUGGAGUGCAGUGAUGUAAUCUUGGCUCGCUGCAACCUCCACUUCCCAGAUUCAAGUGAUUCUCCUGCCUCAGCCCCCUGAGUAGCUGGGAUUACAGGGUUAUGACUCACUAUUAAAAAGAGGGACUUUUUCCAAAUACUUUGCACUUUUGAUUGUGUAUUAUGGAUACCAAGGAAGAGAAGAAGGAACGGAAACAAAGUUAUUUUGCUCGAUUGAAAAAGAAAAAACAAGCCAAACAAAAUGCAGAGACAACCUCAGCUAUGGCUACAAGGACUCAUACUGGGAAGGAAGAUUCCAAUACAGUAGUUUUAGAGCCAGACAAGUGCAACAUUGCUGUGGAAGAGGAAUAUAUGACUGAUGAGAAGAAAAAGAGAAAAAGUAAUCAGUUAAAGGAGAUUAGGCGUACAGAACUAAAGAGAUAUUAUAGUAUCGAUGACAAUCAAAACAAAACACAUGAUAAAAAAGAGAAGAAGAUGGUGGUUCAGAAGCCCCAUGGGACUAUGGAAUACACUGCUGGAAACCAGGACACCCUAAACUCCAUAGCACUGAAAUUUAACAUCACUCCCAAUAAAUUGGUGGAACUAAAUAAACUUUUCACACAUACUAUUGUUCCAGGCCAGGUCCUUUUUGUGCCAGAUGCCAACUCUCCUUCCAGUACCUUAAGGCUAUCAUCAUCCAGUCCUGGUGCUACUGUCUCUCCUUCAUCAUCAGAUGCAGAAUAUGAUAAACUGCCUGAUGCUGACUUAGCACGAAAGGCCUUAAAACCCAUUGAAAGAGUCUUAUCAUCUACUUCUGAAGAAGACGAGCCAGGUGUGGUGAAAUUUUUAAAAAUGAAUUGUCGAUACUUCACCGAUGGAAAGGGUGUGGUUGGCGGUGUCAUGAUUGUGACUCCUAACAACAUCAUGUUUGACCCUCAUAAGUCUGAUCCUCUGGUUAUUGAAAAUGGGUGUGAGGAGUAUGGUCUCAUCUGCCCCAUGGAAGAGGUGGUUUCCAUUGCGCUCUACAAUGACAUUUCUCACAUGAAGAUCAAAGAUGCCUUGCCAUCUGACCUACCUCAGGAUCUUUGUCCUCUGUACAGGCCUGGAGAAUGGGAAGACCUUGCUUCAGAAAAGGAUAUCAACCCAUUCAGUAAGUUCAAAUCUAUCAACAAGGAAAAACGACAGCAGAAUGGAGAGAAAAUCAUGACUUGGGAUUCCAGACCAACAGUACCUUUGGAGAAGUCCACAGAACACACACCUACAAAGCCCUCAGGCAGCUCUGUGUCAGAGAAAUUAAAGAAACUGGAAUCUUCUAGGGAGACAUCCCAUGGCUCUCCCACAGUGACUAAGCUUAGCAAGGAACCUUCCAACACUUCUGCUGCAUUUGAAUCUACAGCCAAAGAAAACUUUCUAGGGGAAGAUGAUGAUUUUGUUGACUUGGAAGAACUUUCUUCUCAAACUGAUGGUGGAAUGGACAAAAAAGACACCUCAAAGGAGUGCCUUUCUCUUGACCCAGAGGAACGAAAGAAGGUUGAGUCACAAAUAAACAAUUCAGCCGUGGAAAUGCAGGUGCAGUCUGCUCUAGCCUUUUUGGGAACAGAAAAUGAUGUUGAACUGAAGGGGGCGCUAGAUUUAGAAACCUGUGAGAAGCAGGAUAUAAUGCCAGAAGUGGACAAGCAGUCUGGUUCACCAGAAAGCCGGGUAGAAAACACACUGAACAUACAUGAAGAUCUAGAUAAAGUUAAACUCAUUGAAUAUUACCUAAAUAAGAACAAAGAAGGGUCACAGGUAUCUGAAAAUUUGCAGAAAACAGAAUUAAGUGAUGGAAAAAGUAUUGAACCAGGGGGAAUAGACAUUACCCUUAGUAGUUCUCUUUCCCAGGCAGGCAAUCCCCUAACUGAGGGCAAUAAAGAGCCAGAUAAGACCUGUGUGAAAGAGAGAGAGCCCCUCCCAGUAAAACUGAACUCUUCUACAGAAGAAAAUGUGAUUAAAGAGGCUCUAGACUCCUCUUUGGAAUCUACUCUGGACAACAGCUGUCAAGGUGCACAAAUGGAUAAUAAAUCUGAAGUUCAGUUGUGGCUGUUAAAGAGAAUUCAGGUACCCAUUGAAGAUAUACUUCCUUCAAAAGCAGAAAAAAGCAAGACCCCACCCAUGUUCCUGUGCAUCAAAGUGGGAAAACCAAUGAGAAAAUCUUUUGCCACUCACACUGCAGCCAUGGUCCAGCAGUACGGCAAACGGAGAAAGCAGCCAGAGUACUGGUUUGCUGUUCCUCGGGAGAGGGUGGAUCAUUUGUACACAUUCUUUGUUCAGUGGUCUCCUGAUGUGUAUGGGAAAGAUGCCAAAGAGCAAGGCUUUGUGGUGGUGGAGAAGGAAGAACUGAACAUGAUCGACAACUUCUUCAGUGAGCCAACAACUAAGAGCUGGGAGAUCAUCACUGUUGAGGAGGCAAAGCGCAGGAAGAGCACGUGCAGCUACUAUGAAGACGAGGAUGAGGAGGUGCUGCCUGUCCUACGGCCCCACAGUGCGCUCCUGGAGAAUAUGCACAUCGAGCAGCUAGCCCGACGCCUUCCUGCAAGGGUGCAAGGGUAUCCAUGGAGACUGGCCUAUAGCACGUUAGAGCAUGGGACCAGCUUGAAGACGCUCUACCGGAAAUCGGCAUCACUAGACAGUCCUGUCCUAUUGGUCAUCAAAGAUAUGGAUAAUCAGAUUUUUGGAGCAUAUGCAACUCAUCCUUUCAAGUUCAGUGACCACUAUUAUGGCACAGGCGAAACUUUUCUAUACACAUUCAGCCCACAUUUCAAGGUCUUUAAGUGGAGUGGAGAAAAUUCAUAUUUUAUCAAUGGAGACAUAAGUUCUUUAGAACUUGGUGGUGGAGGGGGACGAUUUGGUUUAUGGCUAGAUGCUGAUUUAUACCAUGGACGAAGCAACUCUUGCAGCACUUUCAAUAAUGAUAUUCUUUCCAAAAAGGAAGACUUCAUAGUUCAAGAUCUGGAGGUGUGGGCAUUUGAGUGAAAUUCAGACUGCCUUAAAAUAUAACAUUUAAAAGACUGGGUUCGACCAGCCCUCCUAAAGCUGGCUGGAAAAAGAAGCCCCAGCCCAGGCUGCCUCAUCCCACCCCAAUGCUUCCUUUUUGCCAUCAUCUCAGAGCGUGAUCACAUUGCAGAAAGAUUCUGGAAGGUCCACGUGGAGGGCAGACAUUGAAGAAAGAAACUGAAAAUCCAGGUUGUUGAAAAGACUUUGUACUUCCACUUCCUUCAAAUCCAUACGGUGAGGAAUCAGAGUGUUUAUGGAUAUAUGAGUUGAAUGCAAUUUUUAUUUUUGGUAACUGUGAAAAAAAGAUACUGUGGAUAUAUACAUGCCUUGUGUAUUUAUCAGCAUAAUUUUCAUUACCAAAAUGUACAGCUAUUAUUUGCCAUGGAAAAGGUUAGUCUCAUUUAGAAAAAUUGUAGGUGCACAGCACUUAAAGGGAAUAUAUGAAGUUUUUUUUAAAAAAAAAAAACUUUUAUUUAUUAUUUGUAGUGUAUUGUCUGAAAUGUGUCAGCAGGUUUUUUUUCUUUUAAUGUGUCAAAUCUUGAAAUAUUAAAUGUAUACAUUUUGUGCUAUGUUUUGGGAACAAAUCUGUUUGAUUUAUAUAGUUUUAUAUUGAAUUUUUUUUUGCCCUGAUUGUUUAGGGUGAUAGGUCUUAAGCAGCAUAUAUCUAUGUAUCUGUAUGUGGAUAUAUAAAGAUAUAUGUGUGUGUGUAUGUAUAUGUACAUAUACAUAUAUAUGAGUGUAUAAUUCUAAAUUUCUAAAAACUCAUUAUGAAUGUUCAUCAAUUUGACUAUUAUAGGCCAGCUUUCCAUUUAGUCAAUAAAAGGGUACAUUUUUAGUUACUUACCUUGAACAUAUUCGUGUGAAAAAGAAUACAUCAUUUCUCACAGUCUUAAGUUGAUAUUUAUAGAAAUGAAUACCUUUGUGAACCUAGACUUAGAACAAAUCCUGCUUUUGAAAAAAAAAAAAAUGUUUUGCUUCUUAUAAAAUCAUGUGUGUUAAUAACAAAAACUUUAUUUUCGGAAUGUUCUUUGUAUAACUUUUCCAAGCUUUUACAUUAAUGAGCAGGCCUCUGUCUUAAAAGAGACUCAGUAUAUUAAUUUCUGCAUUUUUAAAAUCAAAUGAAAAACGUCAAAUUGGACCAAUUGUCUUGGUUUGUAGAUUCAUUUAUUUGAGGAAAAAAAUACAAAGAAAUGCAUUCAUAUCAAAAUUGGAAUAGAAAGGAAACCCUGUUUUUAAGAUAUCAACUUAUUUUCACAUCAUAAAACAUCUAUUACAUAAAAUAAAGGGCCGGGCACGGUGGCUUUUGCCUGUAAUCUCAGCACUGUGGGAGGCCGAGGCAGGUGGAUCACUCAAGGUCACAAGUUUGAGACCAGUCUGGCCAACAUGGUGAAACCCCGUCUCUACUAAGAGUACAAAAAUUAGCCGGGUGUGUGACGGGUGCCUGUAAUCCCAGCUACUUGGGAGGCUGAGGCAGGAGAAUUGCUUGAACCCGGGAGGUGGAGGUUGUAGUGAGCCAAGAUCGUGCCACUGCACUCUAUCCUGGGUGACAGCAAGACUCUGUCUCAAAAAUCAUAACAAUAAUAAUAAUAAAGACCUAACCAAUAUUAUUGAUUACCAGACUUUUAUGAAAGCCAAAGACUGCUUGCUAGUAGGAAAAAAAUUCUAAUAACAGCCAAAGCUGAAAAAUGGUCUGUCAUAAAUUAUUUCCCCGGUAAUUUUUGAAAGGAAAAAAUUUAUAACGAGUACUAUUUGCAUAUCCGCAUUUAAAAAAACAAUUCUUAGAAUAUUUCCUUUACAUUAUUCUCCUAUUUUAGACAAUUUGUAAAAGAGAACAAAUUGUCCAGUGGCCUCCUGUCAGAUCAACAAUUAUUAUACUCCUUACAUUCCAUGCAAAUGUAAAUGAAUGCUAGAAAAUUUUAAAUCUGUAGCCUGGGCGUACGUUUCACUCAAGCUCUCCUACUGAGACUCUUGACUAACAGCAUUCUGGCAGUUUCACCUUAGCCUGCUCGCUAAAUAAUGUGUUGGUGUGAGAUAUCAGGAAUGUCUCAUGAUAUCACGUUUACCAUUUACACCAUCUGCAACCAUAUGCUAUUAAUAAAUAAAAUGGAAAAAAACAAAAUGGUCAUUUUGCAUAUACUUCACUCUGACCUAGUUUAGUCCAUGAUACUAUAAUUGUGAGAGCAUAUCCACAUGCUGUGUUCUCUAUGUAAAACAGUAUUGUCCAUUCAAAAAUGUGUGACCCUUCAUUUAUGGAUAUUGACUAUAUGUAAUGCAGUGCUAUCCCAAUAUUUUCAAUAAAGGAAUUUAUGCAUUCAA